AUGCUCUCACGUGUUGCUGCAGUGAAGGCACCCCGCACACACAACCUUUGCCGCGUGACCGGAUCCAGCGGAAGGAGGAGGGAAGGAAGAGAGAGUGAGCCGCAGAGGCCCAACAUGUCCCGGCGUGUGUUUACUUCCGCGGUGCUGCUCCUCCUCAUCAUGAUGAUGUGCUGCAACGCUGGUGGGGCUCAGCAAACUAUUAAGGCGGCGCCAGAUCCGAGAUCUUUACCGAAGACAUAUUUUGUUUGGAGAGACAAGAAAAGUGAAGAAAAAGUGAUUUCCCUCCGUGUUCCCAGUCUUGUUGAGAUGGAUGGUGAUGUGUUUGCCGUUGCCGAGGCGCCGUGCAAGGAUGGCAGUGAAAAAGUAUUUACUGGGAUUGCCUCGGAGCUUUUGGCUCUGAGUGAUGAAGAAUCAAAAGAAUUGGAUACAAAUAAAUUGAAGACACAACUGCUGGAGGAAUGUCUAUCCGAUGAGAAAAGCGCCUGCCAUAUAGCGGGUCAGGAUGAUUCCAAAACCCAGACCAGAGUACUUGUGAGCCGACCAACAACAGUUGUGAAGGGAAGUGAUAUUUACAUGCUUGUUGGGAAUUACAGAUGGACACUUGCCGCUGGUGUUCAGGGAGCUGAUGCAGGCGACUGGGGACUCGUGCUGGUGAAAGGGAACGUCAGUAAAGAAGUAAGUCAAAGAAGAAUCUUUUGGAAUGACACUUACGCUAUCCCGUGGAAUUACAACAAACAACACGAAUCCUUGGCGCGGCUGAUUGGAAGCGGUGGAUCGGGUGUUCAGAUGGGGGACGGUACGCUUGUGUUCCCAGUGGAAGGCACAAAGAAGAAGGAGAAUGAGGGCGCUGAAGAGGAUGAAAAGACCGUUUCGCUGAUCAUAUACACCUCCGAUAACGCUGCGAGUUGGAAGCUGUCGAAGGGGAUGUCUGACGGUGGCUGCAGUGAUCCCUCCGUCGUGGAGUGGGAGGACAAACAACUCAUGAUGAUGACUGCGUGUGAUGAUGGCCGCCGCAGGGUUUACGAGUCCGGUGACAAGGGGGAUUCGUGGACGGAGGCCCUCGGGACACUCUCGCGCGUGUGGGGCAACAAAAGGGGCGGAAAAGGGCAAGCCGUUGGGAGCGGGUUCAUCACAGCGACGGUUGGAGAAGAUAAGAGAAAAGUGAUGCUCCUUACUCUGCCGGUAUAUUCCAAGGAAAAUGUGGAAAAGGGUGAACUCCAUCUUUGGCUGACGGACAAUACGCACAUUGUUGAUAUUGGGCCAGUAUCCUGUGAUGAUGACGCUGCCGCCAGCUCCCUGUUGUACAAAAGUGCUGGAAUUGGAGAUACUAAUAAAGGGGAGUUGAUUGCGCUGUACGAGAAGAAGAAGGACGAUGGGAAACCAUCACACAGUCUUUGUUCUGUGGUCCUGACUGAGCAGCUGCAGCGUGUGAAGGAUGUGCUAGCGACGUGGAAGGAAGCGGACGACCGUGUCUCCAAGCUGUGCCCUUCUAAAAGUGCUAAGAAGGAUGCCUCACCUGACAAUGCCUGCAGCCCUGUUAAGAUCACGGAUGGGCUGGUUGGAUUUUUGUCCGGCAACUUGUCUGGUAGCACAUGGAGGGACGAAUACCUCGGGGUGAACGCCACAGUAAAUAAUAAAGAUGGGGCAACAAAGGCAGAUAACGGCGUAACAUUUAAAGGACGUGGUGCGUGGGCGGAGUGGCCCGUUGGCGAGCAGGGGGAGAAUAAGCUGUACCACUUUGCGAACUACAACUUCACUCUUGUGGCGACGGUGUCCAUCGACAAGGUGCCGACGAGUGGCAGCGUCCCUUUGAUGGGUGCAAAGAUGAAUGACGAUAAGAAUACAGAGAAUCCCGUACUCCUUGGACUGUCGUACGACAAAGAAAAGAAGUGUAUAUUAGUGUGCAGGGGCGGAACGAACUCUAAGGAUCAAAGCGUCACUUUGGAGGAGACAAAACACCACAUCGUAAUUUUGCUACGAAAUGGCACCCAAGGCUCCGCGUACGUCGAUGGUCAGCCUGUAUUGGGAGAUGCACAAUGUGAUUUGAAAAAUACGAAAGAUAAAAGGAUCUCCCACUUCUACAUUGGAGGGGAUGGAGGUGCGAAAGGCGUCUCAGAGGUCCAAGACGUGUCUGUGACUGUGACGAACGUCCUGCUGUACAACCGCCCGUUGAAUGACGAUGAGAUUACUGCGCUUAACGCAAAACUUUCUAUUCCAAAAGCAAAAGAUACAAAAACAAUGGCUGGGGAUACUCCACCAGAGGCAAGUAAACCAGCUACGCUGGAAACCGGAACUCCGUCUAGUCUUGGCGGGCAACAGCAGACUGAACAGGAACUGCUGAGGACAAGUGAAAAUGCGGGGAGUGGCGGUUUAUCCACGUCAGCGGUGUCCAGUGCCACGACUUCCCCAGCAGCCAAAGAGUCCGAUAACCAGUCAGCGUCGGGAACACCUCCCGAAGGACAUUCAAAUGUGGAUGUUGAUUCUUCGUCCGAGGGAGGCCAAACGGUGGACACCGAAACUGAAGACACGGUGCAGGGAGAUGGAACACACCAACCCUCAGUGGGCACUCCCGCCACAGCAGAUACAAAUGCCCCUACCGCUGAAAUUAUGACGCACGACGGAGCCGCAGUGACACCUGAGGUUGGUGCGCACUCUGGUGAGAAUGAGGAGACGGUGGGAGGGACGGAUGGGCAGAAACGGGAGGACAUCCAUGCACAGGACGGCGAAGUAAAGGCUGCGGCACUCAGCAGCAGCCUUGGAAAUGUGUCACAGGGGAAUAACAGCGAUGCCGGCACUGUGUGUGGGAGCGGACUGCUGCCAUCGCUGCUGCUUCUGUUGGGACUGUGGGUGUUUGCGGCUCUGUGA